GAAGGUGGCCAGCAUUCGUGAUUGGCCACGUCCUCAGUCUGUGACUGAGAUGAGAUCUUUCUWAGGAAUGACAGGCUACUAUAGGACUUUCGUUAAGAACUAUAGCAUUGUGGCCGCUCCUUUGACUGAUCUGACCCGCCUUGACACCCUUUGGGAGUGGACAGAUGAGUGCGAGGCUGCUUUCAGACAUCUGAAGCAUGCAUUGACGCACUAUGAAGUCUUGAAGCUACCCGAUCCUGAUAAGCCAUUUAUAGUAGCCACGGAUGCUAGCCAAUAUGGCAUUGGCGUCGUGCUUGCGCAGCAGGAGGGACCAAAGUUGAGGCCAGUAGAGUACAUGUCCAAGAAAAUGCCGUCUCAGAAGUUGGCUAAGUCCACCUAUGAGAAGGAACUCUAUGCCGUUUACAAGGCUCUGACCCAUUGGAGACACUACCUCCUUGGGYGGUUCUUCAUCCUCCGGACUGAUCAUCAGACCCUGAGAUGGAUGAGAACACAGCCAGUACUUUCUGACGCUCUCAAGCGUUGGAUCGAAGUCAUUGAGCAAUAUGACUUUGACCCUCAGUAUCUCAAAGGGGAGUACAACAAGGUUGCUGAUGCCUUGUCGCGCAGACCGGACUUCUCAGGUGCGCUGAUUACUGAGUUCGGUCUGACGGACGAUGUUACUCAGUCUUUGGCGGAAGCCUAUCGUCAGGACCAGUUUAUGUCUGAGAUCAUACGCAGACUUGAGGCGAAGGAUAAAAAGACCUCCGCCGAGUUUGAGUUGGUCAAUGGAUUGCUGUUCCUAGAGAAGGCAGGGGAUAAACGCUUGUGCGUUCCAAAUAGCGAGUCUUUGCGUAGUUUGUUUUUAGGCGAGUGUCAUGAUGCCACCGGCCAUUUUGGGUACAUGAAGACCGCAGCCAACUUGCUGCAGCGGUUCUGGAGGCCAACGAUGAUGAAAGAUGCACAGUUGUACGUGGAAACUUGUCAAGUCCUGGUGUCGAAGGCUCCAUCUAUUGGUGGGGAGCAGCACCCUCUGGAAAUUGGGUUCAGCAUCGCUUCAGCCGUCUAUGGUUGCCAUGGUGCAGAAGCUGUGGAUGCCGAAGCCAUGGUGUCAGCUUCAGCAUUGGAGAAGAAGACCAGGAAUGAGAAUGGCUAUGGCGGUGGGGUAAAAGGGCAGUUGGCUCUGAUAUUUCUGGUAGUGCUGCCAUGGAUGCUCCUGGCAGGACUUGCAAUCUCCAGCACUACUCGUCCUUCGCAUUUUAUCAACGAUUUGACUACCAGGCUCAUCCAUUGGCAAGUGGCUGUCGAUGGCGGGAAAGCCAUCGUCUUUGAUGAUGAUGUACAGGAGGUAAACUUGAAGGAGAAGAGCAGUGGCGAAGCGGAGGGGGGAAGGGAGAAGGAGAGGCACAUGAGUGGUUAUCAUUCUCGACUCACAGGGAGACACUGCUUUUCCCAGUUCUGCGAUUCCGGCCAUGGUGGGGGGGGUGACAUCUUGCCAAACCCUAGGCCACUGAUUGGGAUUUUAUCCCAGCCAGGACUUGGGCUCCAUGACAAGGAGCCUCAAGGACCAGACGAUGUUUCUUAUAUUGCUGCCUCUUACGUGAAGUUUGUUGAAGCAGGCGGUGCACGAGCUGUUCCCGUAAUCUACAAUGCCCCGCAGGAGGAACUUCGCAGAGUUUUCAACUCCAUCAACGGUCUUCUCUACCCCGGCGGAGACUCGGACCUCAGCAAUAGUACGUUCUCUAAGGUCGGAGAAUGGCUAUUCAACUUGGCUAUAGAGGCCAAUGACAGGGGAGAUUUCUUCCCCAUACAUGGAACUUGCCAAGGAUUUGAGCAGCUGGCGGUGAUCGUUGGCCAGCAGGGGGUCGAUGGCAUCUUGGAGAGUUUCCGUCAUAAGAAUGUGGGUGCAACACUAAUAUUCACGGACCGUUCGGCGAAACGAGAAAGUUUGUUCCGGUGGAUGCCUCCAUGCUUGACGGACAGCAUGGCCUCAAAGCCCCUGGUGUUGAUGAGUCACUCAUUUGGUGUGUCGCCUCGACAUUUCCACAAGAAGAGUAAUUCCAGUUUGGCCAAGUUCUUUAGGAUGCUUACCACAACAGUUGAUUCUGAGGGAAAGCCGUACGCGUCCACAAUAGAGGCACACAACUACCCGGUGACGGCAGUGCAAUGGCAUCCAGAGAAGAAUGCAUUCGAAUGGGGAACACCGGGUGUGCCCCGCGGUGCGGACGCCAUAGCCGUCACACAUGCAGCGGCGAGCUUGUUUGUUGAUCGCGCUCGGAGAUCAGGCCAUCGACCUUCCUCCUUCGAGGAAGAGCAGGGACUUCUCAUCUACAACGAUCAACCUGUUUUCUCGGGAAAGAACAAUCGGUCUAUCUAUGAGCAGGGGUUGGGAGUUAAUCACAGUGAAGAAGGAUGGUUAUCACGAGAUGGCUAUUAUUCAUGUGAGGAGGGGGGGGGGGGAGGAGAGGCAGGGUUGGUACCGGAUCCUUAUCAAGGGCUGAUAAAUGGUAAGAUUGAACAAGGGGGGGGAAACGGGGAGACGCGAUGGGGGUCGGGCGAAGAAGUGGGGAGGCACGAUGUUGUGUCAAUGCAGAUCGAGACUACGCACGACAGUCCCACUGCGUUGCAGGGUUCGGGGGGUGGGGAAAUGGAGGUGGUAGCGGGGUGGAAAGGACCAGGGGAGGAGGUUCAGAUGCAGGAAGGGGGGCUGCAGGAGGACCGGAUGGUGGAAGUGGACCCCUUCCAACCUGCUUUUGACCCGGAACCAAUGGAAGUUGACCCGCUCCCGGCAAAUGCCCGUGCAGUGCCAGAAGGGUUAUCAUGUGAGGAGGGAGAGGAGGAGGGGAUCCCGCCGCAGCAUUUACCGGUAGAGCAGAAACUAGUUGAUAUUGCGGACUGGCUAAUGACUAACCUCAAAGCGAAAUACGGCCCUCUCACAGACGACUUCUGGGACAGUACGUAUUUGGAACUGUUUCCCAUGUUGGACACGAGCGCUGCGCUUAAAGGCGUCCUGGAAAAUGGGCUGCAAUCUGGUAUUAAGUGGACGGAGGCGUGGCACAGAGUGGCCUCCAUCGUAUUAGCAAGGUUUCAGCCGCCCCCUGCAUCACACCCAGCAGCAGCGGAAGAGAUAAAGGUAAGCAAUCAGACCGAGGAGUCGAUCCUUCGAUCAACAGUCUUGCCACCGGGCCCGGCCCCCUUGGACUUAGACGAGGAUGCACCGCUGGACCUCGUGAGAAGAAGGAAAUUAAGGCAUUUGAUAGAGAUGGGCCAAGACACGGGGCCACUGUCACAAGAGGCGACGCUGCUACUCCCAGUUCGGAAGAAGAACACAAAAUGGGAGGUUGGCCUGACACCGGUUGAUCAUGGCAAAAUGAAAGGAGUUACACUGCAAGGGUGGUCCUCCUUCUUGGCGGGACACUGCAGAUCUGAGGCAGCAGCUGGCAUCUUACAAAUGCAGCUGGAAACGCACAUUGCAGAGUUUAUGCCCCCCGGAGCACAGGCCACUGCCCCCCUGGUAAUAGAACCUAAUAGAGCCUCUCAAAGAGACACCCUCAUCCGUUACGACCCGGACAAGGAUGCAGGCUUGAGAUGGUUUACCCCCCCACAACUGCUUGACAUGCAAACAGUUAAGACCAAGGCCAGCGAGGUAUGGACAAAACAGGAUGUUCUAAAGCUCUUGUGUCCCCUCCUCAGGCUGGGUCUCCGAGCAGGGGCCGCGGACUGGGAUUGGGAUCAGCUGUCGUGGACUAAACUGUGAGCAUCUGAUAGCCACAACCAAUGGACCCGGUCAAAGCGGUAUACGGUAAGGAUCACGUCUGGAAUCAAUGCCGUAGGGCAGC